GGGACUGUCGCCAACAAACCGACUGUGGCCAACGACCAGACAACACUCACUGUGCGUUGCGACUGACCAGGGCAACUCUUCUUCCUAGCCAGGAACAAACCAGAACAAACACAACACACACACACACCGUUUGCAGGAAGCCAAACAACUGCAAGACGUGUGACGACGAACCUUUCGACGUACGGCGCAUGUCGGUCGGAUGGCCACCACAAGUGCUCCCCCGGGAGUACCCAAAACUGCACGCCAAGCUCAGAACCAGUCCACUAACCGCCUGUAACGGUGGUCCCGAUAGAAUUGGCCACCAAAAAAGACAAAAAACGGGUCCAUCCCGAAUACCCGGAAGUAUAAAAACCUUCUACCGCGCGAAACGUACCCAUCAGUGUGUCAUUGCUGCCGUGUCUGGCCGUGAGCUGCAAGUCGCGCCCUUGAAAGUCUCCAUCGCUUCACGCUCCGUUACCGUCACCGUUCGCGAUGGACGUUACCGUGGAAGACUUUUGCGAGGAAACCAACUUUCCCGAGGAGUCGCCCUGCCCGAGCCCGUUCGAGCCGGCCAAGCAGCUGCUCAACAUUGGCUUCCUGCAGAUCAAUGGGCGCUUUACGCCCCACUCCGGCCCAUCGUCCGUGUGUUCGACGCGUAGCUGCAGCCUGGCGGCCACUCCCGUACCACCGGACGCAACGGACGCAACGGACGAGCAGGACGAGCACCGGCACGGCGAGGCGGGCGGGCAGGAGGAGAACCCGAAGCCCCGCAAAUGGUCCCUGCCCCAUCUGCCGACGGAGGCGACCAAGUUCGAGCUGAGUGGGCGGGCGACGCCCGUCUUCACCUGGAACCCGAUGCCCACGUCCAGCAAUGUGAUUUACGCGCUGAGCGACAAAAACCAGCAGAUCGUCUUCUCCCAGCUCGAGCAAGAGGCCGCGACCGAAACAAGCGUCUCGGAAGUGUCGAGCGUGGUCGAUUCCGAGGCCGAACUGGAAGUGGACGAAGAGCCGGCAACGGAGCCAACGAAAGCAGCGAAGGACACCACCCAGCCGAAGGACGACAUGUACCCGAACUGUGACGUGAACGUGUGGUUGCGUUCCUGCGAGCAGGAGAUCGUGGAACCGAUCGAGGGCAAGGUGCAGGGCACGGUCCCCGAGUGGUUAAACGGGAGUCUGCUGCGCAACGGCCCCGGCAGUCUAAAGGUGGGCGACAUGAUGUUUAACCACCUGUUCGAUAGUUCGGCACUGCUGCACAGGUUCAACAUUGAUAAUGGGAAGAUCACGUACCAGUGUCGAUUCCUAAAGUCGGACGCGUACAAGAAGAACAACGCAGCACGACGCAUCGUGGUGACUGAGUUCGGGACCAGUGCCGUACCCGAUCCGUGUCAAACGAUCUUCCAAAAAAUUGCAGCCGUGUUCAACAAACCGGGCGUCAACAACUCGGACAACGCGAUGAUCUCGAUCUACCCGUUCGGGGACGAGUUUUUCGCGUUCACCGAAAGCCCCAUCAUCCACCGGAUCGAUCCGGAAACGCUCGACACGGAGGCGAAGCUGAAUGUGUCCGACUACGUCGGUAUCGUCAACCACACCUCCCAUCCGCACGUCAUGUCCGAUGGGACGGUGUACAAUUUGGGCUGUUCGAUCACUAAAACGGGCCCGGCCUACACCAUCAUUUGCUUCCCCCACGGGCCGGGAAUGUUUGAGAAUGCGCGCAUUGUCGCCUCGGUCCCGGCACGCUGGAAGUUCCACCCGGGGUACAUGCACACGUUCGGCAUCACGGAGAACUACUUCGUGAUUGUGGAGCAACCGCUCAGCGUGUCCGUGCCGACGAUGGUGGUAAGCCAGAUCCGGAACCGGCCGAUGGCGGCCGCCCUCAAGUGGUUCGAAAGCCAGCAGACGUACAUCUACCUGCUGGAUCGGGAUACGGGCGAGCUGCGGCACACGUUCCACACGGAACCGUUCUUCUACCUGCACAUCAUCAACCAGUAUGAGCGGGAGGGCCACGUCGUGCUGGACAUCUGCUGCUACAAGGAUCCGGCCAUGCUGAACUGCAUGUACGUCGACACGAUGCGCAACAUGCAGAACAAUCCGGACUACGCGAAGAUGUUCCGCGGCCGACCGUUGCGGUUCGUGCUGCCGCUCAACUGCGGCACGGAGCGUGCCAAGGGCCGUCCAGCCGCGGGUCCGAAAGGGUCGUCAGCCACCGCCGACGCCUCCUGGUCGGAUAUGUGGCAAAAUUUGGGCUCCUUUUCGGCGGGCGAUUCCACCGACAGUGGGCUGGUGCUGCAGAAUCUGGUGCAGAUCGAAGACUCGAAAGCGACCGCGUACGUGAUGCCAAACAGGACGAUCUUCUGCAAGCCGGAGCUGCUGUGCGAUUUGGGCUGCGAGACGCCCCGCAUCUACUACGAGCGCCAUCUCGGCCGACCGUACCGGUACUUCUACGCCAUCAGCUCGGACGUGGACGCCAGCAACCCGGGCACGCUGAUCAAGGUGGACGUGGUGACGAAGGGCAAGCUGACCUGGUGCGAGGAGAACGUGUACCCGAGCGAGCCGAUCUUUGUGCCCGCGCCCGACCCGCAGUCCGAGGAUGAUGGGGUCGUGCUGGCGGCCAUGGUGUGGGGCCGCGAGGAACAGAACCGGGCCGGGCUGCUCGUGCUCGAUGCGAAGAGCUUCACCGAGCUCGGCCGGUGCGAGUUUGUGACGCCCGGUCCCGUGCCGAAGUGUCUGCACGGUUGGUUCCAGCCGACGGCCACCACCAAGGGAGACUAAUGGACAAACAAGGCAUUAUGAUGAGCCAAAUGGCAAGAUUCCCCCAAAGAGGCAUACGCAAGUUGUGUAGAUAGGCUGUGUAGUGCAGCGAUAGCAGACUAUUAGCGAACGGUUUGAGAAGUAUUACGGCAUCACAUGAAAGAAACCGAAUAUUAUUAAUUAAUCACGAACACGAACGAUCGAUGGCGGAAGUAGUUGAGCCAGAUUUCCCCACUCCCCGUAAAUGGCAUGGCUUCACGGGCUGCCCGAAAACCCCGGGAGGAGUGUGUGCUAAAGCGCUGUGCUACCUGUUAUUUGUUAUUGCAACUGUUAUCACAAACGGUUAACAAACUAUAAAUAUAAUCAACUGUUGAUGUUUUGAAUAAUAAUAAAAACGCGUCUACGAUCCGGCUUGUGCUUAA